AUGAUGCAGGGCUUCGUGGAGAUCGGGGGUUCUGCCUUCCCGAUCACGCCCUGGCGCGCAGUUGGUGGACCGACGGAGACGACAUGGUGGUACCACGUGAAGGUCGUCAUGGAGAACGUGCCCAGGGAAGCUUGGAACGAGGAGGGGGUCAAGCUCGUUCUCGGCGACCCCUGCAUCUUCGACAACAUUGACACCAGCCCGGAGGCUAGGGAGACGCCGGACCUACUGACCUCUUGGGUCUGGAUGGAGGACCCUGACGAGCUACCGAGGUCCAUCUCCUACACCUUCUUCGCCGCCAGGGCCGGCCAGGCAAUGCAGAUCAAUGGGCUUGGGCAGGUGCCAACCCGCAUCCCGGCCACACCGCCAAUUGGGCGGGAGGGUGACAGCCUGAUCCUAGUACAUCUGGUGGGCUAUCAAGACUGGAGCCCGUCCUCCACAGACUCGGGCUCUGGUACGUCCUUGGAGCAUGGCAGCUCGGGGACGCGGUUCAUCCCCUUCGAGUGGACGCGCGGCGUCCUGGACGGGAGGGCGGCCAAGGGCAGGCGUGCCCAACCUGGUGGAUGCCGGCCACCUCCCUCCACCUACGUGCGUAGGAACGACCACGACGACGACAACAGGGGCCUCCGCCCUAGGGAGGAGCUGCAGAAGUCCUCCAGGGCGCUGAUGGGGGAGCUGGAGCCGGUGGAGUAUGUGGAGCGCGGGCGCACGAUGGCCCGCUCUCCGUCGCGGUCCGGGCGGGAACGCGACACCCUGGAGCACGCGGCGUACGAGUGGGAGCGACGCCGCUCACGCUCCCCUCCAAGAAUGGCGGCUGCUAGGGGCACGGCUGCAGUGGAGCAGCACUUCUUCGACCCGCUGAUUACUGAGCCGGCAAUGACGGCCUAUGGCGGCCGUGAGUGGGAUUUUGACCCCAUGGUGCAGGAGUCUUUGGCGGCGCCGGUGUACAACCACCCGGCCAUUUGCUACUACCCCGAUGGUGACGAUCGCGGAGCUGAGUCCCCAGUGUACGUGCCUACCUUGGGCCCCUUUGCCCCUGGUGGACCGCUGUCAACACUGGGCCAGGGGGGAGAUGACAUUGUCUUCGGCCCAGGUGUCGCCGGUGGCUCAGUUGGUGGAGAAGUCCCAGGAGGACUGGGCACUGAUGAGGCCACGGUGGAGGACGGUGGGCAGGCUGUGGCUGGGGCAUCGGGCGUUGCGGCGUCCGUCGGCUGUGCGACUUUUUGCAAGGCGAUCGUCAAGGACACUACUGCACCGCUCCUUCCGAGGUCGGACACCCCGCAGCUACCGAGGGCGAGCAGGAGCCGCAAGCAGCUGAUAGUGGCCACCCGCACCAGUCUUAGGCAGGCUGCCCGACCUUCGCCGGACCUACCAGACCAGGCUGUUGACACCAUCAGAGCUGCUGCUAGGCUGGGCAAUAAGAAGCUGGCCAAAGUCCUUGCGGCACUGGCGGCUGAGGCAGGUGCUGUAGAGAUCUUUGUGUUAGUGCCAGCAGCAAUAAAGAUUGUUCAUCUCCAAGGAAUUUUAGACAAGGCAAGAAAGAAGCUAGCUGGCUGGCAAGGACGCUUACUUAAUCCGGUAGGGAGAAGAGAGCUUGUGCACUCAGUCCUAAGUGCGAUUCCAAUUUAUAUGCUAACCUCUCUCAAGGCACCAAAACAACUACUGCAAGAUCUCGACAAGCUAAGAAGACGAUUCCUGUGGGCUGGAGAUGGAGAAAUCACAGGUGGGAAAUGCAAGGUGGCUUGGCCGUUGGUUGCAAGACCUAUCCGCCAUGGAGGCCUCGGAAUCAUAGAUAUGGAGAGGUUCAGUAGAGCAUUAAGACUGCGCUGGUUAUGGCUAACGUGGAGCAGUACAGAUAGACCGUGGACUGGGAUGCAGCUACCUGUGGAUGAGAAGGACAUCGCCCUUUUCUCGACGGCAACCAAAGUAACCAUAGGCAAUGGCAGGAGAGCGCCUUUCUGGACCUCGUGCUGGAUCAGGGGGCGGUCACCGGCCUCCCUUUUCCCGAGCCUGUACACGCAUGUAAAGCGGAAGAAAUGGACAGUGCGCGAGGCCGUUUUUGAUGGUAAGCUCAUUCAGGACAUUGCACACAAUCUGAAUACAGAGAUAUUGAGAGACUUUGUCGAGCUGUGGAAACUUAUACACACCUUGCAUCUGGACCAAUCAUGUGAGCAAGAGGACACUAUUGUAUGGACUCUUGAGAGCUCAGGCGAGUACAGUGCCAAGUCGGCCUAUGAAAUUCAGUUCUGCGGUCAGAUUUUCUCCAAUUUUCCAAAACUAAUCUGGAAGGCAUGGGCGACACCCCGCAUCAAAUUUUUCUUAUGGUUGCUCCUGCAAGAUCGAGUCUGGACAGCAGCCAGGCUGCAGUUGAGGGGAUGGGAAAACAACUAUUUUUGUGCUCUGUGUGAAAGGAAUUUGGAGACUGCCGUCCAUCUAUUCACGGAAUGCCCGUUUGCGAGAGAAGUCUGGACGAUGGUAGCAACAUGGAGCAGUUGCCUUAACCUUCAGCCGGAGGGUUGGAACGACUACAGCGACAUGGAAGAGUGGUUCUUUGCAAUCACAAGUAUCGGAACGAAAGCAGCGCACUCACUAGCAAUGCUGACUACCUGGCAUAUUUGGAAGGAAAGAAAUGCUAUUGUUUUCCAACAAAACCAUAGCACCGUACGGGCACUGUUCGCCAAGAUCAAGGAUGAGUACUCCAAUUGGGCGUCAGCAGGGGGGAGGACCUUCCACUUCCUCAGGAUUGGGAUGAAUUCAAUGAGUGGCGGUCUGCCACUUGGGAUGGCGCAGCUCGCGCAUAUGGACAAGGCCACUUUGCUAGCCCGGGUGGUUAGCCAACUCAAGGACCUCAAGAAGAAAUCGGCCGAAACCGCGCAGCCGCCACUGGCCACCAUCCCCGCCGAGGCGAACGGGAUCGCCGUGCACUGCUACACUGGCGCGGCGGCCGCCACCGGCUACGGGCGGCCAUCAUCGGCGACGUACGUCAGGGCCUCCAUCAGCUGCGACGACCGGCCGGGGCUCCACGCUGACCUCGCCGCCGCGUUCCGCGCCAUGAGGCUGAGGCCGCUGCGAGCGGACGUGGCCGCCCUGGGAGGCAGGGCUCAGUGCGACUUCCUGCUGUGCAGAGAGGAGGGCGCCGGCGGCGGCGUGAUGACGACGAGCGCCGGCGGCGGCAGCCGCGUGCUGAGGGCUCUCGAGGAGGGCGUCAGGCAGGCGCUGGCCAGGGCUGCGUUCCCGGAGACGACGACGUACGGGUGCAACGUCACUAGGAGCAGGAGGCAGAGGCUUGUGGGAUCAUCGCACUGUGUACUUCUUGGUCAUGGUCAUGGUCAUGGACUCCAUGUCGUUGAGCAUGGAUGGUAG